AUGCCUGAAACCCAUAUACUCAACCUGAUUACGGAACGUGAAGCUGUCGCAGAUGCUUUGUAUCGUGCUGCCAGUGCAUUUGACGACAAUGAUGUUGGCUUGUUCAACUCGGCAAUGUGUGAAGAUGUGAUUUUUAAAAUGAACGAAAAUGUUAUUACUGGACGGGAAGCCAUCAAGACUCAGUUCCUUGACUUUGUGGGACCCAAGGAUACCACACAUAUGAUCAGCAAUGUGAGAGUUGACUUGAAGCCUGGAGACAAGACGGCCUCUUUAAGCGCAUAUGCCCAGGCUCAGCAUUGCCAUCCAGGACAAGGUUGUGAUACCAGCAGCCCCAAGUACAUGUCUGGAUCCCGGUACAAUCUCAAUCUCGUGAAAGACAAGGAAAAUGUUUGGAAAAUCAAGGAAUGGAAUAUGAAGAUUAUCUGGCUUGAAGGUGAUGCCUCUGUGUUGCUGAGGGAGUAG